UAUAGGCUCAAUCUUUGAAACAGACAAAUCUGCAAACAUCAAACUUUUUUCUCAGGUAAAAUGAUUCUAUAUGCCUUGGCUAUGGGUUUAGCAAUUUUGCUGUUUCUGCUUUAUAUGGGAAACCCUCAUUUUUGGAAAGAUUUACAUUUUAUAGUAACUGCAAUUAAACUGGAGUUGCGCCUAAAUGGUUACAGCAGACGAACAUCGCAAUACAGUAUUCUGGACUGUUUUCUGGGCAAAGUAGCGAGACAUCCUGACAAACAGUUUCUAGUUUUUGAGGAGCGCUGCUACACUUACAGCCAAGCCGACAAAGAAAGCAACAAAGCGGCCAGAGCUCUGAGGACGCACGGCCACCUGGAGCAGGGAGACACGGUGGCCCUGUUCCUGGGAAACGAGCCUCUCUUCGUGUGGAUCUGGCUCGCUGUGGCCAAGCUGGGAUGUACAGCUGCUCUCCUCAACUACAACAUCAGAUCCAAAUCUUUGCUGCACUGUUUCUCCUGCUGUGAUGCCAAAGUGCUGGUGGCUGGUGCUGACUUGCGAGGAGCUGUAGAGGAGGUGCUGCCCUCUUUGCGGCAGCAGGGUGUCCGCGUGUUUAUCCUCAGUGAGAGCUGUGACUUGGAGGGUUUAGAAAGUUUCUCUGACAAGAUCCAACAGGCAUCAGACCAGCCUCUGUCACCUCAGCUCAGGUCCAACACCCAUCUAAAGAACCCUGCACUGUACAUCUACACCUCAGGAACCACUGGACUUCCCAAAGCAUGUCUUAUUAACCAUUUAAGACUAUGGAAGCUGGCUUUUGUUCUGACAUAUACUGGUGUACAUUCAGAUGACAUCAUCUACAUUCAUAUGCCUCUUUACCACGUUGCUUCUUUUGUAGUUGGAGUUUGUGGAGCCAUAGACAAAGGUAUCACUGUUGUGUUAAAGCGCAAAUUCUCUGCCUCCCAUUUCUGGGAUGACUGCAGAAAGUAUAAUGUGACAGUCAUUCAGUACAUAGGAGAGAUACUGCGAUACCUCUGCAACACACCAAAGAGGGACAAUGACAAAGAUCACAAAGUUCGACUUGCUCUUGGGAAUGGCACCAGAGCUGACAUCUGGACUGAAUUUCUUCGACGCUUUGGAGACAUUCGUAUCUUUGAAGGCUAUGGAGCUACAGAAGCAAACAUUCUGUUUUUUAACUACGUUGGAGAAAUUGGAGCUGUUGGCAAAGAGAAUUAUUUUCACAAACUCAUUACUCCCUAUGCCCUCAUAAAGUAUGACACAGAGAAUGAGCAGCCAGUCAGAGACUCUAAAGGAUUCUGUAUUGAAGUUGCCCGAGGGGAGCCUGGUUUAUUGAUUGGGAAAAUUUCAAAGAGAGCACCUUUCGCUGGCUAUGCCAACAAUAAGCAGCAGACAGAGAAGAAGAAGCUACGAGAUGUGUUUGUAAAAGGAGAUGUCUACUGUAACACGGGGGAUCUCUUAAAGUUAGGCAAGAAUGGAUACUUCUACUUUCAUGACCGUAUUGGAGACACCUUCAGGUGGAAAGGUGAAAAUGUGGCAACCACAGAAGUGGCUGAUGUUUUACUCAUGAUGGACUACAUUGAGGAGGCCAAUGUCUAUGGUGUGAAGGUUCCAGGAUAUGAGGGAAGAAUCGGAAUGGCAGCACUUAAACUGAAGGAAAACAUGGACUUUGACAGCAAAGCUACAUACGAGCAUGUCAAAAUGUACCUGCCUCGCUACGCAAGACCAAGAUUCAUUCGCAUACAGGAUGUGGUGGCAGUGAAUGCCACCUUUAAGCACAUAAAGGUAAAGCUUGCAGAGGAGGGCUUCAACCCAGCAGUCAUCAAGGAUCAUAUGUUCUACCUGGAGGAAAACCAGUGCUAUGUACCCAUGACCCAGGAGAUAUUUAAUGCCAUCAACAACAACACCAUCAGACUCUGAAUUACCAUAGAAGUAGAGAGAUGGAAUGCCAACUCAAGAUCUCGUUCCAUUGAGUUCUGUUUGUGAGCUUGCGACCCUGAGAUUUCAGCCACUCAGCUGUGAGAGUUGGGGUAAUUUACUUCCGGUCGUCUGCCAGCAAAACACAUUUUCUGCGUGGUUUUUUUUUUUUUUUUUUUUUGCAUUUUCUGCAGUGACUUCAGCAACUUAUCCCCUCAAAGUAUGUUCAAAGUGUAGCUUGAAUGAAGUUCUUGUUGAUUUUAAAUCGUAUUCAGGACAAAAAUUUCAUAUUAUGGAUAAGAGCAUGCAGACUGUCAAAAUCUGUCAGAAAAUCACGGUCAGUGAUUAUUAAUUAUUCAAAAAAUAUGUAUAAAAAUACAACAAAAGCACACAUCAUUUGUCAUUUAAAAAGCAUCAUAGUAAAACUCAAAUAUAACCAUAUAAAACUCAUGAAUAGCACAGUAAAAGUCAUCAAACACCAUAAUAAAAUUGUCAAUCAUUAAAAAUCAAACACCAUAAAAUAAUCAUAGAAUUCCUUUGAAGUAAUAACACUUGGAGCAUUUACCACAUGAUGAGGGAGGCUGUUACACAAAGUUACAACUAAAUAUAAAAUAUUUUCUUGAGUCAAAUCUGCAUAUUUGCUCCUCAAAAAUGUGAGAGUGACCUCUCAAACAUAAAUAAACUCUAUUUUGGGAAAAAACAAAUUACACCUGGAAAUAAAUAAAU